GAUCGUGCGGAGCCGGGCUCUUGCGCGCAGGGAGACUAGAUUCAAAGAGCGCCUCGGCGGCCCGGAAAGCGGUGCCAGGAGAGUUCGCGUCCCCGCGAGGCGCGCACCGGACGUCACUGGGGGCGGGGCCAGGGGCGGGGCCUGGCCUCGUUGUGGAGAGGCUCGUACUCCAUCAUGGCGGCCGCGGGGGUCGGUGACCGUCCCUGAGCAGCGCUGGAGUCGGAGCCGGUCCCCGGGUCCUGCGGCUGAGGAGCCCUUCCGUUGUCCACGGCCCCUGCCUUCGGGGGGAGGUCGGGUCCCGCGGCGGAGCUCGGGGGAUGUGACUGCCUGACGGCGGCGGCCGUAGCAACGUCCGGGGCCGGGGGAGGGGGUGUCUCGGGCAGAGACCCCCAGGCUCGGGGCAGCUGAGGCGGCCGGGCCUCUUCCCUGCUCCGCCCGUCUCCCGCCUUCGGGGCCGCGAGAGUCCUUCGUCCCUUACAGCCCCCCCCCGGCUCUGGGACCCUGGGGGUGGUCUCUUUCCCCAGACCUGGGACACCCCGUUUCCUGAGGCUUGGAGGAGCGUCGCCCCCGGAGUAAGCCGCCCGUGCCCCAUCCCCGGAGCUUCCCUCUUACCCCCAAGUCGCCCCUUUCUCCGACUCCGGGCCCCAAGUUUGGCCUCGGAGCCCCCCAGUCAAAUCCCCUCCCUGCUGUCAAGUGGCCUCCCCUUCCCCCCAGGUUGCUCCCGUGAGCCUCUAAUGCCCUGACUUCUUCCAAUGUCACCUACGGCCCCCUUAGUCUCAGCCCAGCCAAAAACUUUAAUGCAAAGGAAAAGCCUGGACUGGUUUCACAGGCCCUUUAAAAAGCGGACUUAAAAGUUGCUGGCGAUGCAUUCUUUCUCGUCAGAGUCGAGGGCAAGCUCUCGCUGAAGUCGGGGUGACCCGUGUCCUUUUCCGGAGAGCAGGGUAGAGAAGCAGGAGCGGCAGCUAGUGCAGCAGGAAAUUUGUCGGAAGAUGAAGAAGACACCGACAUAGGGGGUGGGUGACUUCCACAGGAAAAGUUCUGGAGAAGCAUCGAAGGACGAUCAGCAUUUCCUUGAUGUGGGAAUCAAGAUGACUUUAGCCUUACUGACCCUUUUACAGAAUCCCCUGUGAAUAGUUCUGUUUAGGUUUUUCUCCUUGAAAGGGAAGAAACUGUUAUUCAGCCAGUAUAAGACACUUAAAAUCAAGAAACGUUUGGGUAGCAUUGCAAGUACAUUACUUCAAAUUGACAAACUGCGAAAAUAAUCGGAACUCCUGUUUACAUAUGUCAACUUAAAAACUUCGCUUCCUGUCCUUAUGGAAGAUGUCGGUUUUUGUGAUUGACCUCAAUUACUGACUUGUGGAGAUGCGGUGAAUGUGAAAUCCCACAUAUAUACCGUUUUCCUUCUAAGCUCACUGACCAUUCUGAAAGAUCUUGAACCCUCUUCUGGAAAGGGGUGCCUAUCUUACUUUAUGGGUCAGCAGCCUGGAAAAGUUCUUGGGGACCAAAGAAGGCCAAGUUUGCCUGCCCUGCACUUUAUCAAAGGAGCAGGGAAGAAGGAAUCAUCGAGGCAUGGGGGUCCACACUGCAAUGUUUUUGUGGAACAUGAAGCCCUUCAGAGGCCAGUAGCAUCUGACUUCGAACCCCAAGGUCUGAGUGAAGCAGCUCGUUGGAACUCUAAGGAAAAUCUUCUCGCUGGUCCCAGUGAAAAUGACCCCAACCUUUUCGUUGCACUGUAUGAUUUUGUGGCCAGUGGGGAUAACACUUUAAGCAUAACAAAAGGUGAAAAGCUCCGAGUCUUAGGCUACAAUCACAAUGGGGAAUGGUGUGAAGCCCAAACCAAAAAUGGCCAAGGGUGGGUCCCGAGCAACUACAUCACACCAGUCAACAGUCUGGAGAAACAUUCCUGGUACCAUGGGCCCGUGUCCCGCAACGCCGCUGAGUACCUGCUGAGCAGCGGGAUCAACGGCAGCUUCUUGGUUCGGGAGAGCGAGAGCAGCCCUGGGCAGAGGUCCAUCUCACUGAGAUAUGAGGGGAGGGUGUACCACUACAGGAUCAACACUGCUUCUGAUGGCAAGCUCUACGUGUCCUCAGAGAGCCGCUUCAACACCUUGGCCGAGCUGGUUCAUCAUCACUCAACUGUGGCAGACGGGCUCAUCACCACCCUCCACUACCCGGCCCCCAAGCGCAACAAACCCACCGUCUACGGCGUGUCCCCCAACUACGACAAGUGGGAGAUGGAGCGCACGGACAUCACGAUGAAGCACAAGCUGGGGGGAGGCCAGUACGGGGAGGUGUAUGAAGGCGUGUGGAAGAAGUACAGCCUGACGGUGGCCGUGAAGACCCUGAAGGAGGAUACCAUGGAGGUGGAAGAGUUCUUGAAAGAAGCUGCAGUAAUGAAAGAGAUCAAGCACCCUAAUCUAGUGCAGUUACUCGGGGUCUGCACCCGGGAGCCCCCAUUCUAUAUAAUCACUGAGUUCAUGACCUAUGGGAACCUGCUGGAUUACCUGAGAGAGUGUAACCGGCAGGAGGUGAACGCUGUGGUGCUGCUGUACAUGGCCACUCAGAUCUCAUCAGCCAUGGAGUACCUGGAGAAGAAAAACUUCAUCCACAGAGAUCUUGCUGCCCGAAACUGCCUGGUAGGGGAAAACCACUUGGUGAAGGUGGCUGAUUUCGGCCUGAGCAGAUUAAUGACAGGGGACACCUACACAGCCCACGCCGGGGCCAAGUUCCCAAUCAAGUGGACUGCACCUGAGAGCCUGGCCUACAACAAGUUCUCCAUCAAGUCAGACGUCUGGGCAUUUGGAGUGUUGCUUUGGGAAAUUGCUACCUAUGGCAUGUCACCUUACCCAGGAAUUGACCUGUCCCAGGUGUAUGAGCUGCUAGAGAAGGACUAUCGCAUGGAGCGCCCAGAAGGCUGCCCAGAGAAGGUCUACGAACUCAUGCGAGCAUGUUGGCAGUGGAAUCCCUCUGACCGGCCCUCCUUUGCUGAAAUCCACCAAGCCUUUGAAACCAUGUUCCAGGAAUCCAGCAUAUCAGAUGAAGUGGAAAAGGAACUGGGGAAGAAAGGCGUGCGAGGGGUUGCAAGUCCUCUGCUGCAGGCCCCAGAGUUGCCCACCAAGACGAGAACCUCCAGGAGAGCUGCUGAACACAAAGACUCCCCCGAGGGGCCCGAGACGCCCCACUCCAAGGGCCCCGGAGAGACUGAUGAGAAAGCUGAGGCCGAGCCGGGAGAAGUAACUUGCCCAGAUCCUCUGGACCAUGAGCCCACUGUAUCUCCACUGCUCCCUCGAAAAGAGCGAGGUCCUCAGGAUGGUGGCCUAAAUGAAGAUGAGCGCCUUCUCCCCAAAGACAAGAAGACUAACUUGUUCAGCGCCUUGAUCAAGAAGAAGAAGAAAACAGCCCCAACCCCUCCCAAACGCAGCAGCUCUUUCCGAGAGAUAGACGGCCAGCCCGAGCGCAAAGGGGCCAGCGAGGAAGAAGGCCGUGAAAUCAGCAACGGGGCCCUGGUUCUCGCACCCUCGGAUGCAGCCGAGCCAGCCAAGUCCCCAAAGCCCAGCAGCGGGGCUGGCGUCCCCAAUGGAGCCUUCCGGGAGUCAGGGGGUGCAGGCUUCCGGUCUCCCCACCUAUGGAAAAAGUCCAGCACGCUGACCAGCAGCCGAUUAGCAGCCAGUGAGGAGGAGAGUGGUGGCAGCUCCAGCAAGCGCUUCCUGAGAUCCUGCUCUGCCUCCUGCAUGCCCCACGGGGCCAAGGACACAGAGUGGCGGUCGGUCACGCUGCCUCGGGAUCUGCAGUCCACGGGGAGACAGUUUGACUCAUCCACAUUUGGAGGCCACAAGAGCGAGAAGCCGGCUCUGCCUCGGAAGCGGGCGAGUGAGAACAGGUCUGACCAGGUGACCAGAGGCACAGUCACUCCCCCACCCAGGCUGGUGAAAAAGACCGAGGAAGCAGCCGAUGAGGUCUUCAAGGACACAGCCGAGUCCAGCCCGGGCUCCAGCCCUCCCACUCUGACUCCAAAACUCCUCCGGAAGCAGGUUGUGGCCACGCCUUCCUCUGGCCUUCCCCACAGGGAAGAGGCUGGGAAGGCCAGUGCCUUGGGGACACCUGCUGAGCCAGCGCCCCCCAGCAGCAGGGCAGGGCCAGGUGGAUCUGGAGGGACCAGCAAGGCCCCUGCCGAGGAGUCUAGAGUGAGGAGGCACAAGCCCUCCUCCGAGUCCCCGGGGAGAGACAAGGGGAAGUUGUCCAAGCUCAAACCCGCCCCACCACCCCCACCACCAGCAUCUGUUGGGAAAGCCGGGAAGCCCUCUCAGAGUCCGAGCCAGGAAGCAGCCGGGGAGGCAGGUGCCAGUGGAAAAGCAAAAUCCGUGGCUCUGGGUGUGGAUGCUGUGAACUGUGAUGCUGCCAAACCCAGCCAACCGGGAGAUGGUGUCAAAAAGCCUGUGCUCCCGUCCAUGCCAAAGCCACAGUCGUCCACCAAGCCGGCGGGGACUCCGACCAGCCCAGCCCCUGCUCCCUCCACGUUGCCCUCAGCAUCCUCUGCCCAAGCAGGGGACCAGCCGUCCUCCACCGCCUUCAUCCCUCUCAUAUCGACCCGCGUGUCUCUUCGGAAAACCCGCCAGCCUCCCGAGCGGAUUGCCAGUGGCACCAUCACCAAGGGUGUGGUGCUGGAUGGCACCGAGGCCCUGUGCCUUGCCAUCUCCAAGAACUCCGAGCAGAUGGCCAGCCAUAGCGCCGUGCUAGAGGCUGGCAAAAACCUCUACACUUUCUGUGUGAGCUACGUGGACUCCAUCCAACAAAUGAGGAACAAGUUUGCCUUCCGAGAGGCCAUCAACAAACUGGAGAAUAAUCUUCGGGAGCUUCAGAUCUGCCCAGCGACAGCAGGGAGUGGCCCGGCGGCCACUCAGGACUUCAGCAAACUCCUCAGCUCCGUGAAAGAGAUCAGUGACAUCGUACAGAGGUAGCAGAAGCUGGGCGUCAGGAGCCUGCAGUUCGCGUGGGACCCCACCCCACCCCACCCCCCACCCCCGUGCCCUUGCCGGUGACCGACAGCUCAGCGCGCUGGGACCUGGGCGCGGAGCUCGGGCGCCUGGAGCCCCGCCCUCCUACCUGCAAGCGCGCCCGCUGCUCUCCCGCGCUGCUUCCUCCUCAGCCUGGCUCCCCAAGCCUCCUCUCCCGAGUUCUGUCUGUGGAGUUCCCGCUCUGUGGACUGCACAUAGUGCUUCAAAACUGAGCUCUCGGGGUCUGCUGGGAAGGUGGAUGAGCACUUCCUUUUCAUUUUUCUUUCUGGGGGACCUCCUCUGGCUGUGCCUUCACCUCUCUUUCACCCCAAGAAGGAGUACCCUGAAUGGGAGCUGCCAUCAAGGCCUUGGGACUGUCACUCCACUCACCCUGUGCAGAGAGGCUGUGCACGCGUCUCCUCGGGCUCCCUGUGCUGAAGACUUGAUUCGGGACCACAUCCUGGGAAGUGCUGCCAGCUGGUCACCCUGCCCGCCCCUGCUGUCAGGGGCCCGUGUCCGCACCGUUUCCUCAUGUGGAGGACAGCUCUGGAUUUGGGGGGUAAAACGGGGUGCUAAAACCAACUAGCCACUGGGUCCCGGGACCAGUGGGGAGGCCAGGGAGGUCCGUGGUGUGGGAGAGGGGCCUUGUCAUCCGUUCUUGCCAUGUCCUUCGAGCCCAGUUCCUUGCUCUCUUGUGACAUGCACUGCUAAUCCUGGAUAGAAAGCUUGAGUCUUGAGGGUGGCAGGGUCGCUGUUCAGCCUACAGGGGCAGGGAGGUAGGAGGGGUGGCUCGUUGGGUGAGCAGCAGGCCCCCAGAUGGCCCAGCGCUGGGCCCAGGCAGGUCUGCAGCAGGCGCAGAGUUUCCUUCCUUCCGAAUUUCCAGGUGUCCUGAAGAGGCACUUAGUCUUGAUCUCUGGUUGAUCUCUUUCCACUCCCUUGUACUCCUCUUAGACAAAGGGCUUUUCCUCUUGUGACAAGCCGGUCUUCAGUUUUCUGGAGUUCUUGAAGCUUUUCAGAACCCUGCCUUCCGCACAGGUGCCUCCAACACAGAGGGAGCCGCCGUUGUGCCAGUGCACAGACAGGAGGCAGUGGGCUGCGGCUGCACCCUGGCGAACAGAUGUCUUCUGUAAUUACCACGAGCAACGCACAGCCUGGUUGUUUCUGUCGGGGUCAUCAGGGAUGAAGCGAACCACAAAUAAAUGAAACCCCAGAAAGUGUCUCAAAGAGCACGCUUCAGUGUAGUCACCCCGGGCUGCCCAGGACUGGGCUCGUGGGGCAGGAGCCUAAGGGUCCUUGACCUUGACCUAAGAGCAGCUACUGAAGAGCGGGCAGGCACCUGCCUGGGCCUGGCGCCAGGCUCGGGAGUAACCUGGGAGAAACCACCUUCCACUCCUCAUGCCUUCUCAUGCCCGUGUCCUCGCACGGGCCCCCUUUUUACACUAAUCACCUAAACUUGUAUUUUAUUUCUCUGGUAGAGGUGGUUCCUCUGGAUCGUUUGAUGCUGUUUUCACAGUGCAUCACCUCUUUGCCCCCCCACCCCGACUGCUCUGUUAGACAGGGAGGUGCUCGAACACCACCAGCGGCCUUGCAGACAAAGCAAAAUAGACCCACCCUGGUUCCCUCAACUGCCUGUUUCUAUGAGGUACUGGUCUCUCCUUGUUCACACAAUGUGCCACUAUAUUUUGCAUUUAUACUUUGAUAUUACACUCUUUUAUAGACUUGCUCUUUUAUAAAUGACGUGUAAAUAGUUUUCCACUAUCCUCCUUUCUGGAAUGCCUAUGGUGUCUUUCUUUUUUUUUUUUUUUUGGUCCAGUACAUUUUGUUUCUGUAUAUGACUCUGUUUUUUGAAUCCACGUCUCUCCUCUGUAGUAUUUUUUAAAUAAAUGUUUACAUCGUUAGAACUUGGGC